AUGGAAACACUAGCUUCCUUUUUCCAUUUUAUAUUUGGAACUCUCGAGAGAUGUGAAAUACCAGAAAACAAGUUUGGAAAAACCAGAGGAUUUGCAUUUAUCGAAUUCGAAAACAAAGAUAAUGCACAUCUUGCCUUUUCCCAAUUAUCGAAACAAGAAAUAAUGUUGGAUGGUAGAGUUUUAAAAUUAGAGUGGGCCAAAGCAACAAAAUUAUACAAAGAGGAUAUUCAAAAUCUUUCUGGCGAAACUAGAGAAAGAUUUAUGGGUAAUUUUAGAAAUCAAAAUUCAUUGGAUUCAAAAUUCUCAAAGAAUAAGAGAAAACCACAAAAGAGAUAUCCCAAUAGUCCAGGAGUACCUUAUGAAACCAUUGCAGCUGCACAAAACAGCCAACAAUCGAUUCCACCCCAACCACUCCAAACGUCACCAUCUCAACAACCUCUUCAAAUGCAAUCGAUCAUGCCUCUAACACCCUAUCACCAACAGCAACAACAACAACAACAACAAUCGAACCAUAUUAUCCAACCCCCUCCCUCGCUCGGACCACAAUCAUCUCCAAACCAAAUGCUAAAUGGUCACAAACUCCUCAACAAAUCGUAUUCGAACGUCAGUCCCAUUGGCACUAGCAACGGCAACAUGGUUGCCAACCUGUAUGGAGCAGUGACCCCGACAUCAAACAACUCGAUCCAACCAAACGGCAGCGGCGGCUAUACUGUACAAAAAAAGAAUGGUGGUGGUGGUAUGAUGGUCAAUGGCACAAUGAUGAACACUGGCGUGUCAUUUGACGUUGUGUCCAACAUUCAGGCACUCAACAUCUCGCCUACUCAACUGUCCAACAAACCAAUUGUUUAUGGACUCUCGACGAGCAACGGCAGUAUCAACACUGGCAACAACAACAACGGCAAUGGAUUCAUUGGCUCCAACAUCCCGACAACUCAAUCGAACAUGGUCGUCGGGCUCGCACUCAACACCAGCAACGGCAGUCUCAACUCGAUGAACCACCCAUCCCUCGGACAAAACAACAACAAGUCCUAUCUUCUCGACACUUCACCAAUUCUUACCGCUAAUGGUAUCACAGGAAUUAAUGGAAACAAUAACAACAACAACAACAACAACCAUCUCCACCUUCAUAACAACAACAACUCUACCAACAACAACAACAAUUGCAGCGGCAAUGGCGUGGGAGGUGGACUCGGUCUCUCCUCCUCAUCGCAUUCUCUUUCAUCUUCAUCCUCGUCAACCUCUUCCCUCUCGUCGAGCAAUAACUUGACAUCGCCCAAACCAUCGCCUCCCACCAGCAGCAGUAAUGUACAUGAUUUCAACUCCGAUUUUAUAAAAUUCACCGCCAAUCCCUCUGCUUUUCAAACAACGACAAUUGAUUUUAACCCCAUCCCACCGAUUUCGAAGCUUCAACACCAAAACAGUCAGGAUCUUCUCCCCCUCCCCUACAGCAACAACAACAACCCUGCUUCAAACAACAACUCAACUGGAAAUGGAAACGGAAACCAUCACCUCAAUUUGAAUCCAGCAGCAAUAUCGAUGAUUAACAAUUUUGGAAACAAUUCUUCCUCUAAUUCCUCGUUCCAUCACCAUCAACAACAACAACAACAACUUCAUCACCAUCAACAACAAAUAUCGACAGACGAAAAAGAACAUUUGUAUUUGAAACCAACCAAUUUCUAUAAUAAUGUUUAUAAGGAACCAUCUCUUGAUGUUGAAAUGUUAUUUACCUGUGAUUUGGUGGGACGCAUUCUCAAAUGUUUCAGAGCCAGACUUGGAAUUGGUGCAGAAGUGGAGAUUACUUCAAAAAAUGCAAUGAGGGCUGCCUCUUCCACCCUUGGUUUGUAUGAUAAAAAUGCCUCAUCUCUUUUUAAGUCACCAAAUCACAGUACUACUAUGAAUAAAAAUACUGGUAAAAUGGCUCAUCAUAGUCUUCAUCGUCACAAUCGCAGAUGUAGUGGUAGAAAAGCUAACUAUAUAGUUAAUCGUCUCCAUAGACCAAAUAUUUAG